AUGUCGUGUUUACUUGAGAUAUUGCGCUGCAUCUUUUGCUGCGAAGAUGACGAUGGUGAUAGACGUUAUUAUCGCUCAUCGGAUAUUAUAAGGGAGUAUAGUUACCAUGAAACUCCAAUUAAGCGCUCUUCUUCUUCUUCUCUGGCGGCUUCGUACAAUACUGAUGGAUUGUACAAUUCUCGGCAAGUUACAGGAAGAACAAACCGAGAUUAUUCUAAUUCGGGUUCAGUUAACUCAAUUUCUUAUGGAUCAGUGAAUAAGUUGCCAGUGAGUCAGGCUCCAUUACGCCUUCCUGCUACUCCUUCUCCUUCCAAAGUUACUCAGAAACCGAUAUGUGGCAUAUGUCUGCCACCACAGCCUUCUCCUCCCUUUGUUCAUCGGAAAAACUCAGUUGAUUCAUCAGUUAAUGAAACAAUCAAAAGCUCACCGGCAAAGAGUAACGAAGGUACUCAGACACGGAGCAACUUGGCUCCAACACCUCCUGCAGCUUUCUCUAAGCAUUCGUCCGAGGCAUUUCUGUCUUCCAAUAAGCCGGGUAUCUGUUCUUCUGGGCCUCCUCAAUCUGCCUGUAAGCUACUUCUAUCUUCCUGCGGACCUCUUUCAUCUACCGCUAAGACAACUCCAGCUUGCUUGAAGGCACCACCAUCUUCCCGAGGGCCUCACCCAUUUACUUCUGAACCAACUCUAUCUCUAUCCCCCUCUCCGGUUCAGAAUGGUCCUAUUUCAGUGGUUGUUAAGGAUGUUAAAUAUUUGAUCUCCACUCGGUCUCGUUCAUCGUCCUCUGAGCUGGGUCCGUCUCCAUCUGCAACUAACUCAAAUUCAUUGAAUCUACCAAGGGAAAAGAAGUGCGUUCAGGUUCAGAGGGUUCAGAGACCUACCAUUACUAUACUUGGUGACACCAAAAACUGGGUUCGUCAACCUUCUUUCCCUCAAUCUCUUCCCCCUGCCACUAAAACUCCCCAGUCUUCCUCUAAGCUGCCACCAUUUCCCUCUGAGCUUUGUCCAUCUUCAUAUAAGGGGACUCCAUCUCCAACACCUUGUACCUCUGAUAAAACAAAUCCUGCUAAGAAAACUAAAUUGGUUUGGGUUCGAGAGGGUACAACUCCAAUUUCUUCAACUACUAAAGCUAUCAAAAAUUUGAUUACGGCCAUCCCUCGGCCUCUUUCUUCUGAUUCUGAUUCUCCUUCAUCCUCCUCUAACGUAUCACCAUCUUUAAAUGGAACUUCUUCAUUUUCCUCUAUGCCAAGUCUCUCUCCUUUUGGUCCACCUGAUCCAUUUGAAAAAAACACAUACUUCCACGAAGAUGCAACUCUUAUAUAUGAGAUCCCUGAAGAUAUAAAAAAUUUGAUCAAGAGGGACAUUGUACCUGAUGUUCUGAAGAAACCAUUAUCACCAUGGACCUACAAAGACUACUUUGCCACACUACUUUAUGCUGAGGACUUCUACUAUGAGAAAUGGAGCAAAUUCUGUUUAAAGAAUGUAACUCUAAAGUUGGAGAAAGCCUCAAUUUACAAAAAAUCAAGCAACAAGAAGUCUUUGAACGACAGUGAUGAAUAUGAUGAGAAACUUUUUGUAGUUUUUGAGAUCGAUUUGAUUCCUGAGCGGCGACCGUUUCUUCUGUCAAGGGACUUUGUCUUUCUAAAGCCUGCUGGCAAGGAAGUGGAACCCUUUAAGGGGAUUCUCCAUCGAGUGGUUAGGGGAAAUCGGGUUUUAGCUGAAUUUGGUGAUGAUUUUCAUCGUCAGCAUUCACCAUAUUUCAAAUAUGACAUCAACUUCUCAUUCAACAGAGUCUGUUUAAAGCGGUGUCACCAAGCAAUUGCGGCUGCAACCAACCUUUUGUUCCAAAACUCUCUUUUCCCUGAUCAAAUAUCUAGAACCAGCAUUUUCACCCCACCUUUCAUCCCUUCACAUCAAAAGCUUAAUUGGGACCAGAUCUCUGCAGUACAACAGAUAUUAAGACUCAGGGGUUCACCACCUUAUCUAAUUGAAUCAUCAAGAACUGGAUUUGUCAUACAGGAAGCUGUUCUACAGAUUUACAAAAAUUCUUCAGAUUGUCGGAUCCUUUUAAGUGCACCUACAAAUAGAACAUGUGAUAUGCUGGUUGAAAGCCUGAAUAAUAAGAUUCCGGAACUGGAUAUUUUCAGAGCAAAUGCUGCCUUUCGAGAGUAUAUUGAUGUACCUGAUGACAUCCUUCCUUUAUGCAAGUAUGCGGGUGAAUGCUUUACUUGUCCACCUCUUGAGAAGCUCCAGAAUUUUAAGGUCAUCUCCUCAACAUUUAUGAGCAGCUUCCGUCUUCAUAAUAAAGGCUUACCUGCAGGGCAUUUUAGUCACAUUUUUCUGGUGGAUGCAUCUUCAGCUAUGGAACCAGAGGCAUUGGUGGUUCUUACCAAUCUGGUUGAUGAGAAUACAAAUGUUGUGGUCACUGGUACUUUUGGGAACUCACCUCAAUGGGUGCGUUCUGAAAUUGGUAGAUGGAAUGGAUUAAAGAAAUCAUAUUUUCAGAGACUCCUGGAGAGUGAGCCAUACUGUAGUGGAGAUUCAUUGUAUGUUACACAUCUUUAGGUACAAGGGUUUAGUAAUUUACACGGCAUGUGUGAAUGUUUCACAUUGAACCACAC